CACUUCACACCGGGAAUGGAAAGUGCAGUAUUUCAGAGAUGGUUUGGUGCAGGAAUACGUGUGGUGGGUGAUCUGUUUGAUGGGAAUGUUUGUAUGUCUUUUGAGCAGGUCCAAAAGAAAUAUACUAUACAUCAAACGGAUUUUUUUGCAUUUUUACAGGCUCGCCACCUAAUUACUUCAUGUCAUGAUGCUUUGCAUAAUACAAUGCAACUAGGACCCAUGGAAAAUUUCUUCCUACAUUUAAGUGCAGAUAAUAGUACUAUAAGACAGUUUUAUAAUGCACUACAAGGUUAUAAUAAACACAAUAUUGGAAAACUGAUUAGGAGCUGGGAGGGUGACCUCCAGUGUCAGUGUGAUGAUCAUGCCUGGAGUGAGUCCAUACAAUCUGUGCAUUCUUUAUUUCUUAGUAACAGAUUUAAAGAAAUACAAUAUAAAAUUUUACAUAGACAGCAUAGAACACCUAUUUUUCUGAAUAAAAUUGAUCCGAGCAGGUCUGCACAAUGUAUUAAAUGUAAAUCUGCGCCGGGGUCCUACGUGCACUGUCUUUGGACUUGCUCAAAAAUCUCAAAAUUCUGGCUCUGUGUAACUAAAGAACUAAAAGGGAUAUUUAAAAGCAGAAUACAAAGAGAUCCAGCUCAGUAUCUAUUGGGGCUGCCAAUUUCGAACAAAUUUCCAGAUAAAAACAAGCAUAUACUUCUAUGCAAACUACUGUUUUUGGCAAGAAAAUGUAUUCUUUUUAAUUGGAUUAAUGAAAAACCACCAACAAUAACUCAGUGGUAUAAAGAAAUUUUUAGAGUAUUACCAAUGGAAAGACUGAGUGCAAAAUUAAGUGGCAAUGAUGAUAUUUUUUGGGAUAUAUGGCGCCCGCUAUUGGAUUACUUACCUGAUGAUCUGAAGAAAACCAUACUGAUAGGCACAACCCCACUUCACUGGCGGGUUGAGAUUGUCAGGAGAUAUAUGUAAAUGAUUGGUAGACCGAAUUAUAUAUACUGUAUCAGUUUCCCGUUUACAUGUCUCAGAUUGCUCAUUGUGGGGUUUUUCUUUGAUCUGUUUUGAGGUUGUUUUUUUUGUUGUUUUUUUUU